AUUGGCUGUUCAGAACGGAAACACGGAAGUGGACUGCAGCGUCUUAGCGGGCUGAAACGGCCCCGUGGAUCUGGUCCAAACAUGAAGAUUUAAAACGGUUUAAAUUAUCCCGAGUGAGUUUCUCGACAGAUCAGGGCUGAGGAGCUUUGUCGCAGAUAAACACAGCCGGCGGCAGAGGCAGCCUGAGUAGCAGAGAUGUCUGUCAUCAUACACACUCGUGGUGAAGCAGGUGGAGGUGUUGCGGCUCACCUGCAGUGCCCUCACUGUGGCCAUUUCUCCAAGAGCCACGCCCACCAGCUGUCCCACAUGGCGGCCUCUCACCCCGCCUGCCUGGACGCCGUGACGGUGGGUCGCCUCGGCAACAUCCUGAUGUACCAGAGCACGGCCCGGCUGUUCCACUGCUCCGACUGCUUCUACACCUGCCGCGACUUCAGCAAGCUGUACAAACACAUCAUCUCCAAACACUGCGCAGGAGAGGAGGGGGGAGGAGGGGAUGAGGGGAGCGACGGGGGAGAGAAGGAGAGGAUGGGGGAGGAAGGUGAGGAGGAGGAGAAGAGCGAGAAGAGAAAGAGGAGCGUUGAGGCUGAGGAGGAGGACGAAGGGUCGGUGAAACCCGGCGGCGAAGGAGACGACGCCGCCCUGACGUCGGACGGCACCGGUUACCGCUGCCUCAUCUGCGGCUGGAAGAACAAGCUGAAAGCUCUGGGCGUCAACCACGUGAUGAGGAAGCACGACAUCCCCAAAGCCUACGCCACCCAGGCCAUCAGGAGGGACGCCGCCACUCCCAGGCAGGCGCAGGGCGGCGGCGGCGGGGCGGUGCUGGCCGGCGAGGAGGAGGAGAUGGCCGGGCUGAGCGGGGAGCUGCUGAAGGAGGAGAUGGAGGCCACGGCGAAGGUGGUGCGCUUCAUCUCCAACCGCUUCGUCUGCCUCAUCUGCGGCUGGAAGACCAAACUCAAAGGUUUCGCCAUCAGUCACGUGGUGCGCAGCCACGACGUGGAGCGACCGUACGGCUGCAAAGACUGCAAGCGCUCGUUCUUCCUGCCCAGCAGGCUGCAGCAGCACGUCAGGACGGCUCACCGGCCCGGACGCUACGCCUGCCCCUUCUGCUGCUUCAGGUCACACUACCUGGGAGGGUUCAGGAGGCACUGCAGCCGCUGCAACGCCCGGGAGGAGGAGGGGGGGGAGGGGGGAGGAGGAGAAGGUGGAGGAGGAGGGGGAGGGGGAGGAGGAGUAGGAGGAGGGGAGGAAGAAGAGGAGGAGGAGGAGGGAGAGGAGAGGAAGGAGACGAGAGGCGGGAGGAAGCGACAGAGAGCAGCGAGGGAGAUGGAGGAGGAGGAGGAGGAGGAUGAAUGAGGGGGGGGGGGCACUGUCUCUGAGGGUCCUCCAGGUCUGGAACCACUUGGUCCUGGUCCUGGUCUUGGAGUCUGGACCUGGUUUUAAGACCUGAACUGUCUGUGUGUGUAUGUACAUCAUCUGUAUCGUAGACUGAAAGAAGCUGACUGUUGAACAGGGUUUAAUUCACGUGAAGACGAAUCAUCAACCAUGAGUUUCCUGCCUCUUGUUUAAUCAGCUUCUGAUUCAGAGUCAAGCUGAACAGCUGAUGAGUUAAAAACCAGCUGAUGUCCAAUCAGGACUCAAACAUCAAGACUUUAAAUGGAGUUUGUUGCUGCAGAGAGCAGAGAGCUGCAGUAACAUCAACGUCAUGAACGUCUCAGUUUGUUUGAUUCUGCUUCAUUAAGUAACAAAUAAAAGCCUUUUUUUAAAAAUAA